AUGGGAUCUCAACAGGAUAUUAAUUCCCAAACUAAAAAAGUAAUUUAUAGUGUUUACAAUUACUUAAAAGUAUUGGCUACCGACCAAAAUUUUCCCGAAUUUGCUUAUUUUUUCCGUAAAACUCGUGAAAUAACUGCCGAAGCAUGUGGUGUUAGCCUUUGUAGUGUCCAGCGAAUUUGUUCAGAAGGAAAAAAAAUAGAAAGAGAUGACAGACCCUUGACUUCAUUCAAAUCGCCAAGAAAAAAUUGUAAACGGGUAAAGUAUACUAAUAAUUUAGAUAGUUUUGACAACGACGUUAUAAGGAGAACCGUUCAUAGUUUUUACGACAAUUGUCAAUUUCCUACGACCUUAAAAAUGUUGGCAGCAAUGCGUGAAAAAAUCAACUAUCCGGGUUCAAGAACGUCCAUGCAAACCCUUUUAAAAAAUUUAGGUUUUAAAUUCAAAAGAUGUAAUGAUGGACGUAAAUUUUUAAUGGAGCGGAAUGACAUUGUUACUGCUCGAGUAAAAUUUUUAAGAAAAAUGAACGAGUUUCGACGUAAUAACGAUUCAAGGCCAGUUGUUUACUUAGAUGAGACAUGGGUAAACCAAAACCAAACCCGUGGGUACAUUUGGAAAAAUUCAGACAAUACUGAAGAACUCGAGGUACCAACAGGGAAGGGCGGCACGCUCAUUGUGUGCUAUGCCGGGUCACCGUCAUUUGGUUAUGUCAACAAUUCCAAACUGGUAUUUUGGUGCAACUCUGGUAGUUCGGCAGACUACCACUCACAGAUGAACGCCACAGUGUUUGAACAAUGGUUCAUUGAUAUGUUAGGUAAUUUGGAAGAACCGUGUAUUAUAGUAAUGGACAAUGCCUCAUAUCAUUCAACGUUAAAUGAAGAUUACCUUAAGAGUAAUACUAAAAAGGCAGAUGUUCAAAAAUGGCUCCAAAACAAGUCAAUACCAUUUACUCUUAAAGAAACAUUGUGCGAAUUACGAGAAAAAGUAAAACUAUCGAUGCCAAAAGAAAAAAAAUAUAAAUUAGACGAGAUAGCUUUACAAAUGGGUCAUGAAGUGGUGAGACUGCCACCAUAUCACUGCCAGUAUAACCCUAUUGAAACGAUUUUUGCACAAGUUAAGGGAGAAGUCACUGAAAAACAUCAUUCGUCCAAAAUUGCAGAUGUUGAAAUGUUGGUCAAUAAUGCCUUAGAUGGCGUGACAAAAAAAAAUUGGGAAAAAUGCGGUGAACAUUGUAUAAGAGUUCAAGACGAAGACCUGGUGAAGGAAAGGCUAAGGGACGAAAUUUUGGAACCCAUCAUUCUUACCGUAAAUCACGACGACAGCUCAACUGACGAUGAUGACGACGAUGACUACUAA